GAUAAUUUGGGAUCAGCGCGACAUCAGCUCCUUAGUCUCACAACCUUAGAAUGUGUAUACAACGUACAGGAGGCUUUGUACUUGUCAGACUGAUUCUUCCUUGGAUAAAAAUUGUUAUCUUGUCUAAAGAGUAGCAAUGUUGAAACAAACCCAGCAGUCCUUUGGGUCCACAUAUUGUCAGCAAUAUAGGAAGCUUUAGAGGAAAGCAAAAAUUCUUAAUGCAUCUGUUCAUCUGUACAGUGCUGAUACCUCGAGUUAAUUAGGAACAUUUCUUUCCAGGCUAGAUGCACAAUGAAAGGGCCUCAGAGGGGCAGCCACACUAAAUAUAAUUUGUAAUUAUGAUUCCUGAGUAUAUUAUUACACAGCUGCUGUUGCUGCCUUGACUUGGUAAAAGGUGUCUCCUCUUCAGUCAUGGUGUGGACAAGAUGUCCUGAAAAAGCUGGUUAUCUCUAUCACCUUAAGGUUGUUAUGCACUUGCAGUGUUAUACCUUGGUGGCUGUACUUGGGCAAUUCCCACUUCUGAAUUAACAUUGGUAUGAAUUUGCUUUUUUAUGUCAAUGAACACCAGUGAGUGAUUAGGUACCAGUGAGUGAUUAGGCUGCAGUGAUUUUGCUGCAGUAAUAUACACAGUCAUCCAGAUGUCUUAGUCCUUUCUGAAAGUACAGCAAGAGGCAGUCUGUGCCCUUGGAGCAGCUGCUCCACAGGGGCACCAAGGCUACGAGCUAUUGCCCUGCCAUGCAAGCACGUCUUUAGUCCUGGAUUGUCAUGGUGUCAUGGUUUGUGGGAGCUGAAACAGUAACUCACAGCCUGCUCUGUGCUACGAGUGUGGUGAAGAUCUGCCUCAGGACUUUCCAGAAUCUGCCACAGCCUAAUGCACCCUCAGGUAGAAACUCAUGUGGCUACGGAGACCAUUCCAGAAACCCCCUGACAUCUUGGUGAGCUCACCCUGCUGCAAGCUGGGCUCAGCCUGCCUUCACAAAAGGGGCACAGAGAUGUUAAAACGGAGCAUCACCUGGGCCAUUGCUAGACUUGUGAGAGACAUCGAAGCUUCAACUGGGAGGGCACUGGGAAGUGGUCAGGAAGCAGCACAAAAAUCUGCUGAGUCACUUUCUAUUUAAAAGAUUUCAAAUCCCUGCAGAUGAGUUUGUCAAAGGAAGUGGCACACUUUACGAACUCACAGAAAAAUAACAUGGUUUUGUUUCUGCUGAUGAUUUCUGAGCCGCCUCAUCAUUGGAUUUGAGACCAAUAAUAUGAGGGAUCAUCUUGUGAUUUCUAGCUUUUCCAUAGGGCUGAAGCACUCGGCUGGUUGGGGGAAAAAAUCACCAAGAAAGAAGAACCGGUUCUCUAAAUCACUACCUCUCACAGGUGUUGCUGUGGUCCAUAACAGGGGAAAUACUAAGAGAGAGAGUGAAAGCUUUGUCCAUAGAAAUUCUCAUCAAUGUGUUGAAAAUGAGAUCUGUUGUUAAUGGAUUCACUAAAAAGGUGGCUGGGUUUCCUAGCCAGCCUACAAACCCAGCGCAAAAUCCCAUCCAUCCAGGCCAGCCCUUUUUACAGUGCCUUACUCUAACUUUUUCAAGUCUUACAUCUUUUCUGCAUUCUGAGCGUUGCUCUCCUUAGAGAGGGAAUGGUAGCUUUUGCUCCAUAACUCUUAUGAAAGCAUGAAUGCACUUUAAGCAAACAAAACCAAAAAUCAGCAUAACGCAGCGUCUUGUUUGGGAAGCCAUCAAUGCUUGAAGUUUUUUACAAGAUAGAAGAGUGAUGGAAAUUGAGCCAAACCUAUCGUCUUUUGAAUUUCCAGGAGACAAAAUGUUACAGAACGAAAACUCAGAAAAGAAUGUAGAAAAUCAAGAGGAUGCAAGGGGAGCACUCCAAUUCACUACCUUAAAGCAGGGGAAGAGCCCCUACAAGCGCAGCUGUGACGAGGGAGAAUCCCACCCCCAAACAAAGAAAAAAAAAAUUGACCUCAUCUUCAAAGAUGUCUUGGAGGCUUCUUUGGAGUCUGCUAAGUUUGAAGAGAAUCAGUUAGCAUCAAGUACACCACUUUCCCUCAGAAGAGUAUCUAAAUACCAGGCUGAAGACAUCUUUGAGCAGUGUGGCAGUGCCAUGCAGCAUGGCUCCCUGAGCCUCAGUAGAAAUCAGAGGGAGAGCGAAUGGAGGGUCCCUCACAGUUCCUCUUUCAUCUCAGCCAAGGAAAUGAGCAUCCUUGAAGAUGAGGAAGAAGAGCCCCUGUCACUUAAAGCAGACAGCCCAACUGAGCUGUCACUGGCCUCUGCACAAGGCAACUCCCAUGAAAUCCCCACCACAUCCUUCUGCCCCAACUGCAUCCGUCUGAAGAAGAAAAUCCGGGAGCUGCAGGCUGAGUUAGACAUGCUGAGAUCUGGGAAGUUACCCGAGGCACCCGUGUUACCGCCCCAGGUACCCGAGCUCCAAGAGUUCUCAGACCCCACAGCUUCAGAAAGCAUCAUCUCAGUUCCCACCAUCAUGGAGGACGAUGACCAAGAGGUGGAUUCUGCCGAUGAAUCAGUUUCCAAUGACAUGAUUGCUGCUACAGAUGAGCCUUCUAAGAUGUCUUCUGCGACGGGCCGGAGGAUACGGCGAUUCAAGCAAGAGUGGCUUAAAAAGUUUUGGUUUCUGCGGUACUCCCCGACACUGAAUGAGAUGUGGUGCCAUGUCUGUAGGCAGUACACAGUGCAAUCUUCUCGGACUUCAGCCUUCAUCAUUGGCUCUAAGCAGUUCAAGAUACACACAAUAAAGCUUCACAGCCAGAGCAACCUCCACAAGAAGUGCCUGCAGCUUUACAAGCUCAGGAUGCACCCAGAGAAGACAGAAGAGAUGUGCCGAAAUAUGACCCUGCUCUUCAAUACAGCCUACCACCUGGCCCUGGAGGGCAGGCCCUACUACGACUUUCGGCCUCUGGCAGAACUACUGAGAAAGUGUGAACUCAAGGUGGUGGAUCAGUACAUGAAUGAAGGAGACUGCCAGAUCUUAAUUCACCAUAUUGCCCGGGCUCUCCGAGAGGACCUGGUUGAGCGCAUCCGGCAGUCUCCCUUCCUCAGCAUCAUUCUGGAUGGGCAGAGCGAUGACUUGCUUGCAGAUACAGUUGCAGUCUAUGUGCAGUACACCAGCAGUGAUGGGCCUCCAGCAACUGAAUUCCUGUCUCUUCAGGAGCUUGGCUUUUCUACAACAGACAGUUACCUUCAGGCAUUAGACCGGGCUUUUUCCAGCCUGGGAAUACGACUGCAGGAUGAAAAGCCAACUAUCGGCUUGGGAGUUGAUGGUGCUAACAUUACCGCCAGCCUGAGAGCCAACUUGUUCAUGACAAUCAGAAAGACCUUGCCCUGGCUCCUCUGCCUUCCCUUUAUGGUGCAUAGGCCCCACUUGGAAAUUUUGGAUGCCAUUAGUGGGAAGGAGCUACCAUGUCUGGAGGAGCUAGAAAACAAUUUGAAGCAACUGCUCAGUUUCUAUCGUUAUUCUCCCCGACUCAUGUGUGAGUUAAGGGUCACUGCUGCCACUCUGUGUGAGGAGACUGAGUUCCUGGGGGACAUUCGAGCAGUGAAGUGGAUCAUUGGGGAGCAGAACGUGCUCAACGCUCUCAUCAAGGAUUACCUUGAGGUUGUAGCCCAUCUCAAAGAUGUCAGUGGCCAGACCCAAAGGGCAGAUGCUUCUGCCAUUGCCUUGGCCCUCCUGCAGUUCCUGAUGGACUACCAGUCAAUUAAACUCAUCUACUUCCUGCUGGAUGUGAUUGCUGUGCUUUCACGCCUUGCCUAUGUCUUCCAAGGGGAGUACCUUCUUGUGUCGCAAGUGGACGAUAAAAUAGAGGAGGCCAUCCAGGAGAUCAGCCGGCUAGCAGACUCCCCUGGGGAGUACUUGCAGGAGUUUGAGGAAAACUUCCGUGAAAGCUUUAAUGGCAUUGCUGUGAAAAAUCUACGGGUGGCUGAAGCCAAAUUCCAGUCGAUCAGAGAAAAGAUCUGCCAGAAGACCCAGGUGAUCCUAGCCCAAAGGUUUGAUUCCCGCAGCCGGACAUUUGUGAAGGCCUGUCAGGUAUUUGACCUUGCAGCUUGGCCCAGAAGCACUGAUGAGCUCAUGAGCUAUGGGAAGGAGGAUAUGGUACAAAUAUUUGAACACCUGGAGACAGUCCCAUCAUUUUCCAGAGAGGUUUGCCGAGAGGGGAUGGACACCCGAGGGAGUCUGCUGAUGGAGUGGCGAGAACUCAAGGUGGAUUAUUAUACCAAAAAUGGUUUUAAAGACUUGCUCAGUCACAUUUGUAAAUACAAACAGAGAUUUCCCCUCCUAAAUAAAAUAGUUCAGAUCCUCAAAGUCCUUCCCACCUCUUCGGCCUGCUGUGAGAAGGGGCGCACCGCCCUGCAGAGAGUGCGCAAGAACAACCGCUCUCGGCUCACGCUGGAGCAGCUCAGUGACCUGUUGACGAUUGCUGUUAACGGGCCGCCCAUUGCCAACUUCGAUUGCAAAAGGGCACUCGAUAGCUGGUUCGAGGAGAAGUCAGGCAAUAGUUACGCGCUCUCGGCCGAAAUGCUGAGCAGGAUGUCAUCUCUUGACCAGAAGCCGAUGUUGCAGAGCAUGGACCAUGGCUCUGAGUUUUACCCUGAUAUUUAGGAAGGAAUGCCUCAGAUCAGAUAAUUUUUUUAAUCUAUACUCUAAACUUUGAUAUAUUAUAUAAAAUAUAUAUAUUAUCUAUAUUAAGGAAAAACCCACACUGAAAAUUUAAGACUAUGUGCAUCUGAUAGAAGCUAAGCAGAAUUUUAAAGAUUGAGACAAUGUUUAGACAUUUACUGGUGUCUCCAACCAUGGCAGCUGCAAUGUAGGUGGCAACAUUUCAUUCUUUAGAAGCAUGUGCUGGGGCCAUACUCUACAUGUUCAAACCUAACAACCUAUAAGCUAGACAACGGGUCUUUGUCAGCCUCAUCCUCCCAGCGGUUUCCUUUGUAUGUGUGUUGUCAGUUUGCUGGGUUGUUUUUUGUUUUGUUUUGUUUCAUUUUGGGGUUGAUUGUUUGUUUGUUUGUUUUCCCUUCGGUUUCAAUCUCUGCCUCUCUUUCCAUUGUUCAGCCCAGUUAUUGAGCCAUUUGAGCCUUUUGUUGGCGACCAUUAGAUUUCUGAUUUCUGACAGAGCAUCCCGUGUGUUUUGUUGCCCCCAGCUCCACCCAGUUCUCUUCAGUUGAGUGGAAGCUUUCUUCACUCAAAAAAUUACUGACAGGAGAGGAGGGCUGGGGGCAUUAUUUUGGGUUUUUAUUCUGAUUUAGAAACAAAUGCCUCCACUAUACUGUGAUUACUCUUUCUCAGUUCUCCCUACCUUUGGGCUGUAGAGUAAUACUUGGCUUUCAGCUCCUUUUAUGAUAACCGUAGUACAAGUCUAUCAUACAUAUGUUAUAACAUGAUGUCAUGUGCAGACUAUAAAAUAGCAAAAUAGAGAAGGCAGGGGGAAAUUUUUGCAUUUAUAUUUUUAUAUUGUAUGAGAUAAAUAUAUAUAUAUAUAUAUACAACUAUUCAUUCAAAACCAGGGCUGCUGUGGAAGCUAGACAGCCAAUGAGUCGAGAGCCACCUCUGGGCGGAGAUUCAAAGGCUUAAAAAAUUAUAUUCUAAUUUACAUUAUUUAUACCAUGUCUUUAUAAUCCUAGAUUGUUGUGGGGUUUUUGUUUUGUUUUGUUUUGUUUUGUUUGGAAUGACUGAAAGAAAAACCUGCUGCAGUUUGGUGGCAGGAGCUAUCAAUGCAAGUUUAUCUUGGAUUAUAUUCAUGUGUGAUGUCCUACAAAGGUUCACUUACUCUCUUGUGACCAAGGUAACAUGUUCCACAGCACAGCAGACUGAUGACAGCAGAAAGAAGGGAUGCUCUGCUUCUUCCUGCAAAAUAUUUCUUCCUUUCUUGAAGGAAUGCAGAGUCCAGCUGAAAUGUGAGUGGGGGACUUGCACCUUCCAUCACAAAGAGAUUGUUUUGUGGGCUUGGGGCUCUUCUUUGUUUUAUUCUUUUAAAGUAAACAAGCUCCAUCCACACAAUAUCACUUCAGGUUAAAAAAGAGAAAAAAAAAAAAAAACAAACCCCCAACCAACCAAAAAAACCACACAAACAAAAAAGGUGCAAAAACUCCACAGAUGCUAGUGCCUUGCCCUGCUGAUGUGGCAUGGACAGCACCAACCUGACCAGACCAUCGUGGGAGUGAGACGUGUUGUACAAAAGGUGUCCAAGCCAACAUGUUCUCACUUCCCAGAGGGAUGAGCUUUGUGCCAAGCUGUGUUGUUUGGAAACAUGAUGGUGGUAUCAGCAACACUGAACCUUUCCUUUCUCCUGUUACCCCCCUGCCCUUGGUCUUGGUGCUAUGAUAUCUCUAGAACCGUUGCUGCUAGUUAAUAGCUUUUCAUUUAUAUAAAUAUAUAUAUAUAUAUAAUAUUAUUUUAUUUUUUAAACUUUUUUGUUUGUUUUCAAUGGAGAUGUAGCAUGUUUGGAACUGAUCUCUCUCUGAGUCACUUUCACUGCCAGGGUUCACGCACUGUCUUCCCCAGGAAAACACACACUUCUACCUAGGUCUCACUCACCUCCUGCUAACCCCUUUGCCUUCAGCAGAACUUCACAGCCAGCACUGGCAGAGGUGUGCAGCCAAGCCACUAUGGACUGGUUCAACUUUCAGACCACACAGGAGCAGCUAGGCUGGUGUUUGUCAGGGUUUUGGAAGUGCUUGCCUCUGUCCCUGUGGGACUGAGGAGGGACUGAGCCCACCCAAAGCACGAGUGGUGGCCUGUCCUUGUGUCCUGACACUGCCCCUUCGCUGUAAAACAGGGCCUUCCAGUCAGAUGGUCCAAGGGGAGCAGAGUGGACCCUGUGAAUGUAGCAGUGAGGGCUGGUCAGCACCCUCUGUAGCACUCACCCCUUGCCUUACCUCUGACAGCACGUGCAGCCUGAGGCUGGCUGGGGCAGGAGAGGGCACCUGUGCCAGGGCCACCCAGCUGCUGCCAAACUGCCACCAGGGGUGCAGGCGCUGGGUGCUCUUCCUUGUGGUCCUCAUGGAAAUGUCACAAGCUAGAUCAGGGCAUCACACAGUUGCAACACAGGGGCAUUGAUAUGACACAUUUAGGAAGCAUGAAAAAUGGCAUUGUUUUCAUGUUUUCCUGCAUUUUCUUACAAAUUAUAUGAUCGAGUUGAUCCAUUCAUCCAGAGGAGCGAAAAUUAAACUGGAAACCCCCUGCUAGCUGUACAGCCUUGGGUGGUUGUUUGCCUGACCGAAGAGUAGGGACCUCUCCACACAAGGUGCUCGUAGCUCUCCAGGCGUGGUUUGAAUUGGCUCUGCUCAGGGUGCUGCCACAAAGCUCUGGAGCUGCUGCCUGCCAGAGAGGUGGCAGGCUCCCUUCCUUUUUAAAACUUGAGAUGUAAAAAGAUAAAAAAGACAGAAAAACUGCUGCUCCAUUAGUUUCUGACUGGAGAUGGGUAAGGUGAACAUAGAUCACAGAAUCCAUAGAACUCCAUAGCUUUUCAUGGGUGGAGAGGAAAAAUCACCUGCCUUUCCAUUUGCAACAGCAAAAGCUUCUUGGCACAGAGGCCCAUCAAAGUGCCUGGCCCACAUGGAGGGAAGGAACAUUUGGAGACAGUCUCCGAAGACUUUUGGAGAGAGGAAUGCUCCUCCAGGGCUUGUGUCGAGCAGCCCAAGCAGCCUGUUUACAGCUCUCGAUCAAAGCCUCAUAACUUUUACUACUGGGGAGGAAAUGGCAAGGUGAGAGUUGCCAGUGGCCUGUUCAGAAAUUAUUCUUCCAAUUUGUCACUCCUUCCCUUUGGUUCACUUGCAAAUCCUGCUUUCAUCAGUGACACCUUUCACUGGCAGCUUUUCUUUCUAAUGGUGCAGUGAAAUGUGCAGCAUAUGGUGAUAUUCUCUGGCAGCCAGCUGACACAGGCAGAGCGCUUGUUCCUUUAGCAAAUAACUUUUGCUUUCAAACAGUGAUUCCCUGCCACUGGAUGUUGUGGAUACCCGUGAUAGGAAAGGUCAGAGACUCCUUAGAUUGGUGUUGAGGAUAGACAAGAGCUUCAUAGAGCAGCUGGCCCAGCCCAGCCUAUCCCAGCUCCUCCAACACAAUUCCCUGUUAGCUGCACAUCAGAAAAUAAACCUGACCUUUGUCCUAGGGUAAUGCAGGUGCUUUGCAAGCUUUCUCUCCAGGUUAACCUGCCUAUCUCAGAUUUGUAGCUCUUACUUUCGUGGAUAGUCUGUGGAUGGAAACAUGGCUAUCAGCAAAGACAAGAAGAUAGGGAGGAGGGAGGAAUAUCAAUGCAAAGCACCCUGGCUUCCUAGGGCUCCCAAGCCUUUCCCAGAAGCAGGUGCAUCUCUGUGCCCUGUUUGUCUGGGCCCAGCCUGGUGGCAGUGAGGCCAGGAGGCAGCAGCAGGCGUGGGGAGAGCUUAGCAGGGUGCUGAAGGAGGCCUGUGUGGCUCCAAGUUUGCCAUGCAUCAGGUUUAAUCAAUGCCUUUCCUGCUGUGCUGAGAGAGUGAGAGGAGCUGUUUUGAAUGUGUUGCCCACAGCAUCUUGAACUGGUUAGGCUACAAAGACAGAGGAUUCAGUUUUUCUUGAAUGAGCUCUUUAUUGUCUCCUUCCCCUGCAUCUUAGCUAUGGCAUCUGACUGUGAACAAUGCACACUUCUCCAGACCCUUGGGUUUGUAUUUCUAGCCCAUGGGAUUUUUGAUUGCCAAUUUCCCUUCCCCACUUUUUGCUCAGGCUCCUUGCCUCUUUUACCCUGCUGUGAAGCAGAAAUCUGUGAAGCACAUUUAGACAUGUCCUUCUGCAGGGCUCACCCCUGUCCACGGGGGUCCGGGCCCUCCAGCCACGAGACUGACCUCAGCAGGGAUAACCCUCACAAGAAACCAAAGCUCUUCCCCUACCAGCAAAAGCACACGGAAGUCACGGGGGCUGCGAGGGGACACGGUGGACAGGGUCCUCAUGUGGUGUCUGCCUUGGGUCUUGAGCCAGUUGCAGCCAUGUCCCCCGUACUGGUGACGGUUUUGCUGGUAUGACUGUUCAGACAUGAUUCAGGCUCGGUCCAUCUCUUUCUCACAGCACAAACUCAGCCAGAUGGCCCGCGGGGUCUUUGGAGUCCCCCUCCUUUCUUAGCUCAUGAGGAUUGCUGCUUGUUUGACCAGUGCCUAGACAGCUGGCUUGCAAAUAAGCAGCAACAGCCUCUGCUUUUGCAGAUUCCCCUUUCACCCCUGUUAAAAGAGGUCUUAAAAGCAGAGAAAUGGUACGUUAAUCCCCCAGCCAUUGUAUCCAAUGCAGUAAUGCCUAUGCAAUUCCUGUCUCCCUUGGAGACAUGUAUGAUGUGUGUGCAUGUAAGCUAGUGUAUGUAUACAGUACAUAUGCAUAUGGUCUAUAUAUUGUAUAUACGCACAUCCCAGUACAUAUACACACAGUACAAAAGAUUAAAAUCACAUGCUUAUAUAUCUAUAAAUGAAAUCCUAUAUAUUUAUAUAUUUCUAUGUUUUCGAUAGAUAUAAAGAUAUAAUAUAGAGAUAGACUCAACCACCCUUGUGUAAGGCUGGGCCUGUGUUCUAGCACAAGGCACGUAACACUGAAGACUUUGGACUUUGGGAUGGUUUUAGCCAUACACUGAGGCCUACAUUUACAUGUAUAGCACUCUAUGGAGAGGGGUUUGGCUAUGUUUAGGGCAAGGGGUUUCCUUGCUGGCAUGGUAACUAAGUGAUAAAUAAGGUUGGUUUAAUAAUGGAAUGUCUUGGUAGGGGAAAAUGCUUGGCUUGAGUUGUGUCCUUCCAAGAAAGCUUCUUGCUGAGAGUCUGUGUGUUCACACUUGGACAGACACAUAUCCACCCUCAUAUGCACUUUUGUCUCUCUGCAUGGAUGUGGUUGGCAACUGCAGGCACCGGUGCUGUGGAAACGUGGCUUUUUGCAGUUCCACCUGGCAUUCCUCAGCAGUUGCCAGCACACUGCCAGGGAGACCCUACGCUGGCCAGUGCUCACGUGGCACCAGCGAGAGCAUGGGUGCACUUGUGGGCAUCAGUCAGCGACACAGUCGUGGCUCUGGGAUAAAGGCAGCAGGAGAGCCAAGGCAGUUUUGAGCAGAGGAAGGGAUACAGCCAUGCAGUUGAAGCUGGCAGGGAUAGUGUAUGGAGCUGGAACAGUGCAAAUGGGAAGGAACUGUGAAGUCAGAGCGAUAGGGAUGAGAGUGCGCGAUCCCAAUUGGGAAGGCGUGCUCAGCUGUGUUGGGUCAGGCUGGCCACUGUUCUGCUGCAGGAGCCACUCCAGUCCCUCAGGUCUCACAGCCACUCCUCAGCCCAUGAGCAGCCUGCCUGGCCAGGGGCCCAGGGAGGCUUUCUGGAGGAAAGGGAAUGAUGUGAUUGUAUGGAAGACAUGGUCAGUGUCGCACGUGUGCCUUUGGGCCCCAGCACACAGCGUUCGGACCUUGCCAGGCUGAAGCACCAAAGGGUGCAGCCCUCUUAUCCUGCUCGUGCAGAGACAGCUGCUUUCCCAUGACCAGCAUUUCCGUGCUGGGAUAGGGGUGGAUCAGCCCUCCCUGAAUAUCUGCUGAUGCCUGUGGGAUGGGCAGCUGUCUCACCCCUCCACCCCUCCCUUCACGCAGCCAUUCGUAGGACACUGGCCCUGCUGCAUCCUGAAGCCUUUGGCUGACACCUGAGAGGACCUGAGAGGUGCCUCUGGCCAGUCUGGCAGCAGGUGGUCAGUCAGCAAGCUGCUUCCCCACAAGGGUUGGAGGGAGAGCAUGGAGGUUUGCCUUUGCAGCUCUGCGCCAGGCCCGGCAACCACUGCACUCCUUGCUGUUUGUUUUAUUUGUUGGCUUUGGUCGGGAGGAGGGUGAGUUGUAAUUCCGACAUCCGAAUGGAUCGUUACACUGGUUUUGCAUGAGCAAACGCUGUGCAAGCUGUCCCCAAGCCCCGUCACACACCUCAGUGCCCUCUCCCAGGCCUCUCUCCUCCACACAACUGGUAAUCCACCUCAGCCGCCCCUGCCCGGCGGUGGCUCCCCGCUCUGCCGCAGCCCCUCAGCGGUGGGGAGCUCUCAGCACCUGUUCCUCACAAACCUCAGAGACAGUUUUCUCACUCCAGCCCCCUCCUUCCGAAGCCACUGACACCCGCGCCAGCCCAGCCCGCGGCCUCGCCUCCCACCCGCGCGGCGAGGGGCUCCCGUGCACCGCACCUCAUGUCGAAUAAGCUCGCUGGGCUACGCGGGAACCACGUCUCAUAUGCUGUAAUGUCCCAAAUGCUACAGGAGGGCUACGGAGUUUUCUGCCAGUCAUGGCAUCCUCAUAGACUCACCUGACAGUUAGCAAAAAUGCAUUUCUACUUCCAGAAAACGAGGUUUUGUCUCAAACCUCUCCUUAUCCACAUCCAAGCACAGCCCUGCUGAACUGUUUCAAGCGAUCUCUCACCCACCCACUCACCCACCACACACACACACACACAUAUGAAAUGAGAGAAAAAUAUCUAGACGUCUAUUACUAUAUAUGUAUUAAUAUGUUAAUAUCACUCUUUUGGAGACAUUAAAAUGUUAUUACUUUACAGACUAUGCUUUAUAGUACCUGUGUGAAAGGACCUAGGACACUGGAUACGAAUAGAGCUAUGUUGAUAUAUCAUGGUAUGUACACAAGAACUUUCCUUUUGUCAUAUUAUCCUUGUAAUGUAAAAUGAUUGUUAAUAAAAAAAAACAUUUAAAUUUAUCUAGUUGAGUUGCUAAUUUUUUAAAUUGUUCUUGGAGGUUAAUGUCAUUUUGCCAGAGGAAGGGCAUCUAAGCUGAUGCACUCCUGUUCCCCUCAGCCCAGGACUAUUAAAGAGCAGAUCCAGUGCUGAUUAAUCCAGAAGGGUCAGCUGCAGCCCCCUGAGGUGCUGGUAGUUCUCCCUCCUGAGUGACUGGCUCCUGACAUACCAGUGCCACUGCAGCCCCUUGAAGUCCUCACCUUGGUGAGCAGGUUCAGCAUGUCCUGUGAUGGAGCUGCCUUGUUUCCCCUUGGGCUGGGUUAUCCCAGUGCUGUGCCAAGGCUGCAGCAGGCAGACCAGGAGCUGGCACCUCCCAGCAGCCCAGGGCUGCUCUGGGUCAGCACUGGCAGCGACAUCAGCACAUGCUAUUUUUGGGUAGGGAUGCACAGUGGUUGCCCUUGA